AUGGAGGAGAGAGAGCAGGAGUUGAAGAAAGAAUGGAAGGAGAGAGAGCAAGAGAUAAAGAUAGAGAGGGAGGAGAGAGAUCAGGUGAUGAAGGAGAUGGAGAAAGAGAGGGAGAAGAGAGAGCAGGAGGUGAAGAAAGAAAGGAAGGAGAGAGAGCAAGAGAUAAAGAUAGAGAGGGAGGAGCGAGAGAAGGAGAUGAAGAAAGAGAGGGAGGAGAGAGAUCAGGUGAUGAAAGAGAUGGAGAAAGAGAGGGAGAAGAGAGAGCAGGAGUUGAAGAAAGAGAGGGAGGAGAGAGAUCAGGUGAUGAAGGAGAUGGAGAAAGAGAGGGAGAACAGAGAGCAGGAGAGGAGGAGGGAGAGGGAGGAGAGAGAGCAGGAGAGGGAGGAGAGAGAGCAGGAGAGGAGGAGGGAGAGGGAGGAGAGAGAGCAGGAGAGGAGGAGGGAGAGGGAAGAGAGAGAGCAGGAGAGGAGGAGGGAGAGAGAGCAGGAGAGGGAGGAGAGAGAGCAGGAGAGGAGGAGGGAGAGGGAGGAGAGAGAGCAGGAGAGGAGGAGGAUGGAGGAGAGAGAGCAGGAGAGGGAGGAGAGGAGGAGGGAGGAGAGAGAGCAGGAGAGGGAGGAGAGAGAGCAGGAGAGGAGGAGGGAGAGGGAGGAGAGAGAGCAGGAGAGGAGGAGGAUGGAGGAGAGAGAGCAGGAGAGGGAGGAGAGAGAGCAGGAGAGGAGGAGGAUGGAGGAGAGAGAGCAGGAGAGGGAGGAGAGGAGGAGGGAGGAGAGAGAGCAGGAGAGGGAGGAGAGAGAGCAGGGGAGGAGGAGGGAGAGGGAGGAGAAAGAGGAGGAGAGGGAGGAGAGAGAGCAGGAGAGGAGGAGGAUGGAGGAGAGAGAGCAGGAGAGGGAGGAGAGAGAGCAGGAGAGGAGGAGGGAGAGGGAGGAGAGGGAGGAGAGAGAGCAGGAGAGGAGGUGGGAGAGGGAGGAGAGAGUGCAGGAGAGGAGGAGGAUGGAGGAGAGAGAGCAGGAGAGGGAGGAGAGAGAGCAGGAGAGGAGGAGGAUGGAGGAGAGAGAGCAGGAGAGGGAGGAGAGGAGGAGGGAGAGGGAGGAGAGA